CGAUUGACCCUUCCCGGCUGCCGUACUAGUGAAGUACUUUCAUUUGAAACAAGCACGGCAAUAGGGAGGUUUGAAUUAAGUUUUAUUUUAAAUACCAAAACUGCGCCAAAAUAGUCGUUUUAAGAAAGUAAAUCCACAAUGAACGUGCAGCCUUCGAAUCCCAGCAACCCGAUUGUGUUCUUCGACGUCACUAUAGGCGGACAGGAGGUUGGAAGAAUGAAGGUUGAGCUGUUUGCUGACGUUGUUCCCAAAACAGCAGAGAAUUUCAGGCAGUUCUGCACAGGAGAAUUCAGGAAGGAUGGCGUUCCUAUUGGGUACAAAGGCAGUACAUUCCAUAGGGUGAUCAAGGACUUCAUGAUUCAAGGGGGCGACUUUGUCAAUGGCGAUGGCACGGGCAUUUGCAGUAUCUACCGCGGCCCGUUCACGGACGAGAACUUCAAACUGAAGCACUCGGCGCCGGGCCUGCUGUCUAUGGCGAACAGUGGCCCUGGCACUAAUGGCUGCCAGUUUUUCAUCACCUGUACCAAAUGUGACUGGCUGGAUGGGAAGCAUGUGGUUUUCGGGAAGGUUGUUGAUGGCCUGCUUGUCAUGAGAAAGAUUGAGAACGUGCCCACCGGGCCCAACAAUAAGCCCAAGCUGCCCAUCGUCAUCGCCCAGUGCGGCGAGAUGUGACCUUGCCUCGGGGCCGCCCCCCUGCAGGACCCGCUGGGGCGCCUGUUGGAUCUUUGCGGCGGGGUGCCCGGGGUCGGGAGGCCUGACGUGACCCCCGGAAAAUUCGCGACGGCAGGGGUUGGCUGGACAGCACCAGGACGGGUCUCGCAAUCGAGGGCCGCGGCCCUCUUCACUGUCUUUAUCCCUCCUCUUCCCCUCCCCUCUGGAGCCCUGCUGGGUCUGGUCCCUCUGUGAUCCCCAGAGUGAAUAACCGGCUCUGGCUCUUCUGGUCAGAUAUCGAGAGGGGGCCAGAUCUUUUCGGCAGAUUGAUUUUUGAAGCAUUUUAUUUGUGGUCAUGUUGUGUUGGAGGUGUCGGUAUGCUGCCUUAAGAUGAAAUGUGGAAAGAUCAGCAGGGCCUUUCUGGGAUCAGCUCCCAUCUCUCCAUUUGUGUUCGGAUCCCUCUUCCCAGAGUGGCUGUGGUUUUCUGCUAACUUGUCGCCGUCUGGGGAGCAUCCGAAACGCCGAAUUGAAUUCAGGCAUCUCUUGUCAAAAGCCUCCUGAUUUGGGAUUUGUGAACUUGAUUAAACUUCAUUUUAUGUUUAUUUUUCA